AGUCCAGUCUACCUGCUAGAAUGUACUAAUCCAACGGGAUCCUAUUCAACUCUGACCCUUCUCCGCCACCGUCUCCUAUACCACGCACUCACCUUGGUCACCCAGCAUCUAUCCCUGCUGGGGACAAAUCCGCCCAUCAUGCAGUUCGCCUUACCCCCGCGGAAGACCCCGAUUGCGCCUCCGUACGCUCGCUCGUCGCGAUUCUCGUUACAGCGCAGGAAACAGUUCAAGGCCGUGGCCAUCCUGAGCUUUGCGCUCCUCGUCGUCUUCUUCCUGCUAUCCCAGCUCUUCUACACAAGUACAGGCACCGCCGCCGUACCGGUCGGAACCCCCGACGUCGUCAUCGUCACCGUUCUGGACCGGGUGCGUUUCAGCGAGGGGUACACCCAGAAGAUCGUCAAGAACAGAGAGGACUAUGCGAAGCGACAUGGCUACACGAAUUUCUUCGCCAACCUGUCCGACUACGAAACCACCCUGGGUGACGCCCCCAAGAGCUGGGCCGUUGUCCCGGCCGUCCGUCAUGCGAUGGCCUCCCACCCUUACUCGCAGUACUUUUUCCACCUGGACGCGCAUGCCCUGAUCAUGAACCCGAUCAAGUCGCUGGAUUCGCAUGUGUUGGAAAAAAGUCGCCUGGAAUCUCUAAUGCGCAAGGACGUCCCCGUCGUCCCGCCGGAUAGCAUCAUUAAGACCUUCUCUCAUAUCCAACCCCAAGAUGUCGAUAUCAUUAUCACCACCGACAAUGAAGACAUGAGUCCCGGGAGCUUUGUCCUCCGACAAGGCGAAUUCGCCAAGUUCUUCCUCGACUUUUGGUUUGAUCCUCUGUACCGCACCUAUAACUUCGCUAAAGCUGAGACACAUGUGUUGGAUCACAUCGUGCAAUGGCACCCGACCAUCUUGGCCAGACUGGCCCUUAUUCCCCAGCGUGUGAUCAAUGCGUACAGCAAAGACUCGUCCGCUGCCGGCGCCGAUGGGACCUACAAGGAAGGCGAUUUCGUCAUCCGUUUCGUGGGAUGUGACACGGAUACGAAGCGCAACUGCGAAAAGGAGAUGGAUCCAUUUUAUCGCUCCUGGGUGGGGAAAACGAAGAUUGAGUAGACCUCAUCUCUUCUUUUUUUUCUCUCUCUCUGUUGUGUUAUGGGGACGAUCAAUGUCUCAGGAGUUUUGGGUAUGCUUUUUCUUCCCCCCCCC